UCCCGCGCUCUGACCUGCUGUCCCAUAGGGCUGAGCGGGGACGGCGGCCUGCGGGCCAUGCCUCGGGACUCGCUGUGGGAGCUGGUGGAGGAGCACGUUCCGCUCCAGGAGCGGCCCGAAGUGAAGAGGAUUCUUGGGGAGGCGGCGGUAGACCUGAGCCUGGAACUGAGGGCGGAGGUGGGGAGUCGGGAGGGGGGCCGCGCCCCAGACCUGCCCCAAGAUUCGGGCGAUUUCCCAACUCCUCCGGCCCCUGGCCAGCCCAGCAAUUCCGGACAGCUCUCCUUGCAGGUGGCGACACUACGGGCACUGCUCCAAGAUGCUCAAUCUUCCCAAGCCCCUGGCUCUCACCCCAUUUCUGACCCCUCCUCCCUUCUGGCACCACCGCCCCUCCUGAGGGACCUCGUGCGCCAGGAACUCCGGCAGCUGCUCCAAGGUCUCCGCCACAAGGCCGUCUUUGAGGGCAGGGACCAGGCCCAGGCUUGGGUCGGGUAUAGCCCCAGGGUCCUUCGCUUUGCUCUGGAGGAGCCCAGGCCCGAUCUACCAGAACGGGAGAUACUCCAGAUGAAAGCUGGCGAGCCCAGCAGCAGCCACAGGGACCUCAGCAUUAUCGAGAACCAGCUGAAUGUGUCCACCAUCGACCAGGUUGCCAGACACUUGAGGGGCCUCCUGGAGGAGGAGUGUCGUACCUUGGAAAGGGAGAUCUGCAUCCUGCAGUGCUGCCUGGAGGAAGAGUACUCACGGGCUUACCAGCCCUCUGAGGCCACCCGAGAGCCCACCCUGGCAGAGCUCAAGGAACAGAAGAAGGCCAUGGAGCAGGAGCUGCAGGCACCUCUGCGGCCUUCCUGCGUCUCUCCCAGGCAGCCUGAGGGGUCCUCCGUUCCGGGCCCCAGGCGCCUUCCCGGGCUGCGUGGAGCCGCUGCAGUCUGGGCCGCACCUCUACACUGCCGCGUGCCUGCACCUCCUUCAGAGCGUCGCCCCCGACCACGAGGCCAGGCUGCCACCUGCCGCUGGGGACGGCAGCUUCAGUGCAGCCCCAGGAAGGAGCCGGCUAACACACCAGUGUCCCGUGCGGCAUCACAGGCCCCCACCUGAGGGGCUUUUCCCCACGGGGACUCGCUACUGCUGGAACUCGCCCCACCUGCUGCCCUCACCUCUCCACUGUCCCAGCCAGCUUCACAUCUGGUCUUGGGUGGGCUCCCAGGACCCCAAGGCUGCUGUCUGUCUAGCCAUUGCCCUUCCACCCCUCACCAGGUCUCUGGGAUUUGGGCUGAGUGACCAGGCUUCUGUCCCAACUGUCAAAGCUUUGGCCUUUCUCCUCCCGGGCUUCCACAGAGGCACAGCAGACAGAGGUCCCAUCUCAGCCCUGACUCUUGUCCCCAGGGGACCCAGACAAAGCACAGCAGCAGCUCAGAGACAGGAAUAGAAAUUUCAUUAAAAUCUAUGGACUUUAAAAUCCUAGUGGUGCACGGAUGGGCAGGGCUGGGUGGCGCACCGUUAUUGCUACAGAGGAUUAGAGGCGGCUCGGCCGGGGCUGUCACUGCACAGAGGGCACAGAGGACAG